AACUUACUUUUACAGUAUCAGUGAAAAUACACGUCCUGUAGCCACAGUGAUUAAGUGAUUUACACUUGUUACCUCAACUACAGCAGGGGCAGGUGAACGUGUCCUUCAAUUUUGAUAACUGCUGAUAACAAGAGAAUGGUUCGACAUAAAAUCUGUGGAGAAAAAUGGAGUCAAAGACAGACGCUGACAAAAAGGAUGAGAUUUCUGAGGCUUCAUCUAUUCAGGCUCUGAUUCAUAGCUUACAUCCUGGGAUCACAGCUCAGUAUGGAAGCAACGUGGUUGCUCCAACUAUCAUUGAUUCCAACGUUGGCACCAUAAACAUCAACAUCACCAGAAACGGACACGGUAAAUACUGUAUACACUGCAAUCUGAAUAACAACAGGGUUUUUUUGUGGAGUGAUGUUUUUUCCUCUUUUGUAGAGUGUGAGGUUUCACCAGGUUUCACCAGCACUGCAGAGAGCUGCGAGUUUCAGCAACAACCAGGUGAGCAAUUUAUGACCUCGUCACAUGAAGGAGUUGGGAUUGCUCACAAAGUGUCAAAAAACAAAUACCUGUACAAAACUUUUUCACCCGCAGGUGUUAGCAUUGCACAAUGUCAAAGAAAACUGAGAGCUGAACUGAUGACAAAGUUCAGUUUCCUGCUUGAAGGGGGGGCAACGGAGACCAAGAAAAUCCCCCUUCACAAGAUCUUCACAGAGCUCUACAUCACCGAGGGAGGAAGUGCAAAAGUCAACCUGGAGCAUGAAGUGAGGCAGAUUGAGGCGACAUCCAGGAGACAUGUGGCGCAGGAGAAAUCAAUCCACUGCACUCAGCUGUUCGCUGCACAACCAGGACAAAACCACAACAUAAGAACAGUGAUCACAAGGGGAGUCGCUGGCAUCGGAAAAACCGUUUGUGUCAAAAAAUUCACACUGGACUGGGCUGAGGGGAGAGCGAACACUGAGCUGGACUUUGUUUUCCCACUCACCUUCCGAGAGCUGAACCUGAUGAGGAAAAAGACUUCCAGUCUAGCAGAUCUUCUCCACCUCCUUUUCCCUGACACCAAAAAUACUGACAUUUUCUCUCAUGCCAACAGUAGAAUGCUCUUCAUCCUGGACGGUCUGGACGAGAGCCGGUUGUCCAUGGAUUUCCACAAAGGAGAAAUUGUGUCAGAUGUGACGCAGCCAGCCAGAAUUUCCGUGCUCCUGAUCAACCUCAUCAGAGGACGACUGCUCCCUUCAAGCCUGGUCUGGAUAACGUCCCGUCCAGCAGCUUCUGGUCAGAUCCCUGAGGAGGACGUUGAUCUGGUGACAGAGGUGCGGGGGUUCAAUAACCAGCAGAAAGACGAGUACUUCCGUAGGAAAAUCGAUGACCAGAACCUGGCAAACAGGGUAAUCACACAUGUCAAAUCCUGCAGGAGUCUUCAUAUCAUGUGUCACAUUCCAGUCUUCUGCUGGAUGGCAGCGAGUGUCCUUGAGAAGAUGUUGGUAACGAAUGCCCCUGGAGACACACCGAAGACCCUGACGAGAAUGUACAUAAACUUCUUAUCUCUGUACGUGGAGAAGACAAAGAAGAGGUUAUCAGAAAGAAGAGAGUCCAGCACUGAGUCUAUCAGAACCAACCUCCUCUCACUGGGUAAACUGGCCUACAGAGAGCUGGAGAAAGGCCACCUAAUCUUCUAUGAGAAAGAUCUGAUUAAAAAUGGCCUUGGUGUCACACAGGCCUCCAUGUUCUCAGGACUGUACACGCAGAUCUUCAGUGAGGAGUUGAUGCUCGGAGAGCAGAUGUUCUGCUUUGUUCACCUCAGCAUCCAGGAGUUCUUUGCUGCAUUGUACGUCUUCCUGACGUUCAACAAUGACAACAUCAACGUCCUGGUCACCAAGUCACUCGCUGAGAGACUCUUUCUGUUCAGAGACUCCUCAGAGUUAGUCCUCUACAAAGACGCAGUGGAGAAGGCUCUACGCUGCGAGAACGGUUAUUUUGACAUUUUCCUGCGGUUCCUUUUGGGCCUGUCAAUGGAGUCCAAUCAGGUUCUGUUGAAGCAACUACUGACCACCAACCGAACCAACAAAAGGACCAGGACGGCAAUCAUCACAUACAUCAAGGAGAAGAUUAAGUCAAGUCCUUCAUCAGAGAGAUGCCUGAAUCUGUUCCACUGCCUGAAUGAGCUAAAUGACCAUUCCCUAGUGGAGGAGGUUCAGUCUUUUUUCAGGUCGGGCAGCCUCAGAGAGGUGAAACUCUCACCUGCACAGUGGUCAACUCUGGUCUAUGUGCUUCUGACAUCAGAGGAGGAACUGAGUGUUUUUGAACUGAGCAAUUACAGCAGGUCUGAGGAGGGCCUAUCGAGGCUGUUGCCUGUGCUUAAAACAGCCCAAGCAGCAAAUCUAAAUGCAUGUAAUCUGACAGUGACCUGCUGUGAAAUGCUGGCCUCCUGUAUCAGUUCAUCUCAAAUCAGGGAAUUAAACCUGGGCAACAACAAUCUGACAGACCUGGGCAUGAGUCUCCUCUCUGCUGGACUGAAGAACAGCAAACUGGAAACACUUAGAAUGAGGAGCUGCAGCAUGACCAAACUCAGCUCUGAUGCCUUGGCUGAAAUGAUUAGUUCAGCUUCGUGUCAGCUGAAGGUGUUGGACCUCAGCGACAAUGACUUGGAGGAUGAAGGCGUUACGGUCUUUUCUACUGGACUGGGGAAUUCUUGCUGUAAACUGGAAACUCUCAGUCUGUCUCUGUGCAGAGUGACAGAAACUGGCUGCACUUUCCUGGCAUCAGCACUGACGUCUUCCUCUCUGAGAGAGCUGGACCUGAGCUACAACCACCCAGGGACCUUAGGCCUGCAGCUGCUGAAGGCUCUGCAGAAUGAACCACACUGCAGCCUGCAGGAACUUUGUGUUGAAGAGUGCGGUGAAAGCAGAGUUCAACCAGGCCCAAAGAAAUAUCACAGAAAACUCACUCUGGAUCCAAAAACUGCACACAAAGAUCUUUUUCUGUCAAUGGAAAACACAAAAGCCAAACGAUGGACAGCACAGCCUUACCCCGACCAACCGGAGAGGUUUGACCACUGGAGACAGGUGUUGUGUACGGAGGGGUUGACAGGGCGCUGUUACUGGGGGGUGGUAUGGAGCGGAAGAGUUUCCAUAGGAGUGGCCUACAGAGGAAUGGACAGGAAGGGAGAGGGUCACAACAGCUGGCUGGGUCGAAAUGAGUCUUCCUGGAGCCUGAACUGCACCAAAGAUGGUUACAGAGCUUCUCACAAAGAUACAAGCACUGUAUUAGCAGCCCAGGCCAGCUCCAAUGAAAUAGGAGUCUUCCUGGACUGGUCAGGAGGAACGCUGUCCUUCUACCAAGUGUCCAGUGGAUCACCAACCCUACUCCACACCUUCCACACUUCUUUCACAGAACCCGUCUUCCCUGGAUUUCAGCUUGCCUGGGUGGACGCCACAAUCCAACUCUGCCAGGUCUGUGGAUUAGAUCCUCCAACGUCAGAUGAAAGCUGUUCAGUGAUAGUUCCGUGACAUUGAGCUUGAACUUUUAACCACUUUUGCAGACCUCAUUUCAGAGGAACAACAAAUCUGGAGGAACUGUCACUCUGAAUCAGGCAACAAGACUUAAUCUGAAAGACUUAAGUACAUACAUAAUAAAAUCUACAGUAAAGACAAAA